AUUAUGUGUAGAUGAUUGGCUUGCUUUAUGACUUCCAGGAACCUUUUGGAAGUCAUGGCUUUCAUGCCUAGUUUUAUAAGCACAGUGAUAGUUGUUCAUGUUGAAAAACCGACACAAGUUAGAAGAACAAGGAUUAGAAUUACUAAGUUGUCAUGAUUAGCUAAUAGCAGUGUUCUUUCUGGUUUUACUUUGGCUGAUCAGCCAAUGCUUUAUUAGAACAAAAGGCUAAAACUAAGCAUGAAGUUUGAAUUAUAUGACAUUGGGAUCCACAGUAAAAGGAACAACAAAACAUGGAUGGAUGGAUGGAUAGAUAGAUGGACUGAAGCCAAAAACCAACACGUGAUACUUUGUGAUGAUUGUAAGCAAUCCAAGUUGAGCUCUCUGGAGGUUGUCAACAUUAUGGAGAUGAUGAUUUGCUUUAUGAUUUCCAGGAGCCUUUUGAAAGUUCUGGCUUUCAUGCCUGAAGGCAUUGAAUUCAAAGAUGCUGCACUCUUUUCUUGUGCCCUCGGUUUCAACGCAAUCAUUUACCUUUGGUCUCUGUAGCUUCCACCAGAAAGCGUGCCUGCAAGCAAGAGUCAUGAGUUUCCACCACCACCCUCGAUAUAUUAGCUCGAUGGACGCAGGCCGGGAGAAGGCCAAGGCAGCGAGAACUGCUUCUUCCUCUCACUCAGCUCAAGGGAAACAUGGGUGGGUCGAGCAACGUGAUGCCCGUCAUUAGCAAGAUCUACUGCUCCUCCUCGCCCACGACGCUGAUGGUGAGGAAGAGGCCUCACGUCAUCAAUGGAGGUGGCUUUGUGGUGAUGAACGCCAGCCAUGGUGCGGUUUUCGUGGUGGAAGGUUGCGGAAUCCUCGGAGUCAAGGGGGAGUUGGCGUUGAAGGACGGUGACGGAGGGCUGAUACUCUCCAUCAGCAAAAGGGGAGGAAUCGCCCAAGCUCUGAGCACCCGCCGCAGAUGGAGCGGGUACUUGACGGACUUCGAGGGAAGGAAGAAGUCGGUGUUCAGCUUGACCGAUCCCAAGUGCCCGAUGAGCAACGCCAUCAGGAUCCGUCUUGAAUCCAGCGGACGCAGCGGAGGCUGGGACUUCCAAGUUCACGGGUCCUUCGUCGACAGGACAUGCACCAUCGAGGAUUACAGCGGAGACAUCGUUGCGCAGCUCGGAGCGACGGACAUGGUCGGCGGCAAGGAGUUGUACCAGGUGACGGUGCAGGCGGGCUACGACCAAGCGUUCAUCGUUGGGGUGCUUGCCGUCCUCGACAACAUCCACGGGGAAUCCACUCGGUGCUGAUGAAGAUAACAUAAGCCUUUCCUCGUUACUGCUAAUUAGAGAUAGAUGAGAAGAAGCUUCUUGACAUGGUUGCAUGCAACAUCAUAAAACCAAUCAUGACUUACUCUUCUAGUCUUCAUUAUCUUUUAGUUUCUGUCUCCUUUAUAAAGAAUAUGACUAUAAAAAUCGUAA